AGAGUCUCCACUUCCGGGUUCGCUCUCGCCUCCAUCACGUCGGUCGGUGCGAUCUCGACGUCAGGUACAGGAUCGCAUCCGGAUCGCCCGCCGCUCACCGCUCGCCGCACGUUAUAUCGCUCCUCGUGCCCGAAACGCUACGAGUGAAGCCGGUGUGCAUAUAAAGAGGAGAGAGCCGUCAGCUCCCAGGACUCCUCUCGAACGAUCCGCACGCUAGCGUCGGCCACCGGUCCCCGGCUCACGUUGGCAGUGAGCGGCAAAAGUGGAAAGAAGAGUAGAUUCGAGAAUACGAGAUCUCUCAUGUUCACUUCGAGAUCUCUGAGAGGAGCAGUGACAGCUAAUCGGGAUGAGGUGGAAGUUUAAUUCUUCCGUCCACAAGCGGAUGCAAUCCAGGGAGCUUGUAGGCGCCAUGGAUCGAGAUGACGAGAGUCCAGUUCGAUUGUCGAAUUCUACUGGGCAGGAGAAUGGCAGUCCCUCGUGGAAAAACUCGUUGCCACAUGUGUGCGUGGCCACCAUCUCGUCUUUCUUGUUUGGCUACCACCUCAGUGUUGUUAAUGAACCUCUUGAAAGCAUUUCUAUGGAUCUUGGUUUUGCUGGGAAUGUGUUGGCAGAAGGGCUUGUGGUGAGCAUGUGUUUGGGUGGUGCUCUUGUUGGGUGUUUAUUUAGUGGGUCGAUUGCAGAUGGGAUUGGGCGGUGCAGGGCUUUCCAGUUGGCUGCGUUGCCCAUGAUCGCUGGAGCUUGUAUAAGUGCUUCAACGACCAGUUUGGAGGGUAUGCUUCUUGGUAGAUUCUUGGUUGGAACAGGGAUGGGUAUAGGUCCGCCUGUAGCUUCCCUCUAUGUAACAGAGGUUUCUCCUCCUUCUGUGAGGGGUACGUAUGGUAGUUUCAUUCAGAUUGCAACAUGUCUUGGACUUAUAGCAUCUCUCUUUAUUGGCAUCCCAGUGAAAGAAGUCGUGGGUUGGUGGCGAGUGUGCUUUUGGGUGUCUGCUGCUCCUGCUGCUUUACUUGCUCUCUGCAUGGAAUUCUGUGCUGAAAGUCCGCAUUGGCUCUAUAAGCGUGGAAGAAUUGGUGAAGCAGAAGUUGAAUUCGAGAGACUUUUAGGAGGACCUUAUGUCAAAUCAGCAUUAGCAGAAUUAUCACGUUCGGACAAAGGCGAUGAUGCAGAGGGUGUUAAGUAUUCAGAAUUGUUAUAUGGCCGUCAUUUUAGAGUUGUUUUUAUUGGAACUACGCUGUUUGCUUUACAACAGUUAUCAGGCAUAAAUGCUGUAUUCUAUUUCUCUUCAACCGUGUUUAAAAGCGCGGGGGUGCCCUCAGACAUUGCUAAUAUAUGUGUGGGUUUAGCUAAUUUAUCAGGUUCAAUUGUUGCAAUGCUUUUGAUGGACAAACUAGGAAGGAAGGUUCUACUGUUAGGGAGCUUUAUUGGCAUGGCUGCAGCAAUGGGUCUGCAGGCUGGUGCAGCAAGUUUUCACCACCUAGGUUCUGGGAGGUUGUAUCUCUCUGUUGGUGGAAUGUUGUUAUUUGUCUUGGCAUUUUCAUUGGGAGCUGGCCCUGUUCCUGGUCUUCUUUUGCCUGAAAUCUUUCCCAACAGGAUUCGGGCAAAAGCUAUGGCUUUAUGCAUGUCUGUGCAUUGGGUGGUGAAUUUUUUUGUUGGUCUGCUAUUCUUGCAAAUGUUGGAGCAACUGGGACCGCAGGUUUUGUACUCAAUGUUUGCAUCCUUUUGCUUGAUAGCAGCAAUAUUCGUGCAGAGGAACGUGGUGGAAACAAAAGGCAAGUCACUCCAGGAAAUCGAAAUAGCUCUACUACCGCCUCAGUAAAGCUGAUACUUACUCUGCAACUUUGGACUCAGCUGGAUAGUGGAGUCAGUAUUAUUUUGCCUGCCACAGCAGGAAGCAGAAAUUUCAUUGUAGGCAGGGAUCCUUGAUGAACAUGUUGUAGGAGCAGGCUGGGCCUGUCCGUUAUAUCUAAAAACAAUAGCUAAAGGGCUUGACACCACCACUUGGAUCAAAUGUUGAUAUGCAUAAUUUUGCUGGUCAUCCAAGUGAAUUUGGGUCAAUACUACCAAUAAAUCAUUUUGUUGGAUUAAAACACUGAAAUGGAAUUGGUCAAAUUGCUUGAGUGGUCUGAUUGGUAUUAUGUACCAGAAGCAAACAAUCUGGUUGGUGGAAGGUAGCUGCCGUUUGUUAAUGCUUGAAAAUUGUGUAGUUUAAAAAGUAAUCUUUGCCACAUUCUUGAAAGGAUUGCGUGUGCCUAUGAAUUUUAUUUGUUCCAUAUUUUGGAUUUUGACAGCCCGAUA